ACGUCGGUAGUUCAUAUGGAACAAAAUGGCGAACUUUUCUCAGCGCGAGUUUAUAACUUGGAAAAUUAGGAUUUUCCGCGUGUUUAGCGAUUGUAUUUAAAGAAAACAUUCAUGCUGCAGUAAGCAAUAUGGAUAACUUGAGGUAUUGCCCCACCGGUGGUUACCCAUACACAGCGUCAGGGUAUUCCCUGACACUGAAUAUGAACCUUUCGUACCCAGAUAAUCACUCACGACACCAACCAAUCAACCAAGAUACACAUUUAGGAUAUCUGCAAAAUGACUACAAAAAUACCUAUUCAGGAUAUCAACCAAACAGCUACUUAAGUACCCAUUCAAAAUAUCAGCCUAAAAUCGACCAAAAUACCCAUCCACGAUACGAACCAAAUAAUAAUCACAAUACCAGUUCAGAAUUCCGGACACACAGUUACCAAAGCAACCAACCAAGCAGUUUUAGAAAUAACCUUCAGGGAAAACAACCUCGUAUUCAGCCAGACACUCCUGAAAUGGAGGCUGAAACGCAGGAACUUCAACAUAGGAUGGCUAAUCAAAGACAAAGAAGAUUUGAAUUUAAGGCAGAGAUCAUGCAAGAAAUCCAUGAACGGAGGCAAGAAAACAUGGCAAUUGCUAAGGAACUCAACCAAUUUGAAGAUUUUGUUGGACACCCAGAUCAUCUGGAAGAAGUGCACAGACUACGUCUGAUGAGAUUGAGGCUGGUGAAGAUUAGAUCAGAUCGAAAUGAUGAACGACUGGCAUUAAGAUCAGAAACACGGCCAAACAAAGCAAAUCGUUCAUUGCAAGAAAACAGUUUCCAAAAGACAAUGGGGAAAGUAUCUGAAGUAAAGCAGACAGGAAGUGGGGCACAUUCAUCCAAUACUUCACCGGUCUCCUUUGGUGUCACUAAUGAGGAUGUCUAUAAACGUGUUGGCAAACUGGAAGCUGAGAUAAAGACAUUUCUGGAAGAGCUUCCAAAAGAUUUAUCACCCAGAGCAGCCACAACAAACCCAAGCAGAUACCUGGACACGAGAGAUCACCACUCGACCCACCACAGGGAAAAGGCCAGGGAGAACUGCACUGUGAGUUACCAAGCAAGGCGAAAACAGAGGCCUGUGUUGGCACAGUACACUGAUAAUGAAGAGCAGUCAGUUUUCACACAGAGGAGGAAAUAUUUGCCAAACUCUAACAAAGAUGAGCAGGUUCUGAAUCAGUAUGUCCCUGUUCCAAAACCAAAUAAAACCUUCCUCAGAGAAAACGAAGUAGAUCUUGUUGAAUACUUUCCAAAAGGAAUUUACAAGGAUUAUCAAAUCCAGGAAAUAGGGCCAGACAGUAAGGUGUCUUUUUGCUUAAAAACUGAUACAGAUGUUGGUACCACUGAAUGUAGUCAGGAUAAAUCAAGCUGUGAGCUGUCAGAUUACAUGAAUGUCUCGUUGGAUACAAACACCAACACAAAUUCUGCAAGAAAUCAAGACCUUGGAGACUGUAUGCUGGUAUUGGCACGUCCAAAGUGUAGUAGUUCAGGAACCAUCCUUCAUUUUGAAAUAGAUGAGGAUGCUUCCGAGAUAACAAGUGUGACAAGGCUGCAGAAUUAUGGAAAUGUACCACGGUAUAAUCCUGCUCCCAAUGGAGAUAUCCCAGUCAAAAUUGUGCCGUCUUCUCAGAAACAAAGAAGUAACAACUCUCAGUCACGCAGUUAUACAGCCAACAACAUCCAAAAAGACACAUGUACAGUUUUAGCAUCAUCCAGCCAUGAUCAGUCUCCACAAAAACAGAAAAAGAUGGACUGUAUCACAUUUUCUGAUGAGCCAUCCGGACAGAGAAAGACUGUACAAAAGCAAGAUGGGCACGCAUCCGAUUCUGAUGUCGCUGUGGCCAAAAAAUCUUUAGAAAGUCUAAAAUUAAAAGGCAAAACAUCACAACAUUCACAACAAGAAAGAGCAUGUGGAAGCCCCUCUAUGGCUGUGAAGGAAGAGAUAAAGGGAGACAACCAUCUGUAUAUCCCUUUCCAUCUUGUUUCCUCUCUCCUGGGAUCAGAGGGCAUUGCUAACCUUGGCCUCCCACAGCAUGUGGACCUUGGAAACAACAAUCUGUACAUCCCCUUUAAGCUAGUGUCCUCUGAUCAGAUCAGGUUGGAAGGUUUGCCACACAUGUCUGACCAAGUAAGGUUAGGAUCAGGUGCUUCUGAAGGUCAGGAGGAUAAGAUCACAUACCUUGACUACAACGAAGAGGCACAAGAAUUACAGUUCCGACAUGGUUCUCCAUGGAAUGAUGCAGGUAGUCAGUAUUCUGAGCUGCAUGUGACACACACCAGACAAGGUGAAGGUCUCACAUUGGAUCUGUCUGGUAUAACUUCAACCUCUGAGAUCAUUGACAGGAUAUACGAGGGAACUGUGGCAUGCUUCUUUCCUGACAGAAGUAGUGGAGAAUACAGAUUCACCACCCUAUAUAGAAGGCCUGAUCAGCUGGAUACUGGCACUGGAACUGGAAAAGAUCCAGCAAAGGACUGGUUAGAUUUGGAGUUGACAGAUACUAGGGAAGAUCUACUUCGAGACCACCACAUUGACGUUCCCUUCAAACUGGUGUCGACUGACCAGCCCCGACCAAAUUGUGUGCCGAGACUUGACCUGCUUGGGAUUGCCUCAAAAUCAGACAUCGAUGUUGCCAGAAUAAACGAGAAUACAUUAGCUCAGUUUGUUUGUGAUGGUGAAGAGCAUGUGGGCAACUAUGCUGAAACAGAAAGCAUUACUACAUAUAGUACUGCUUCAUGGGAACAAGAAUUCAAGCCAAAAACUACUGUUCACAUAAAUCAGCCAGCACAACGUAGCGAUGGAAAUAGGAAACGGGUAACAGAGCCCAUUGAGGAUGUUGACACUGGUAUUUGUGCUUCAGGAUUGGACUUUACAAGUGCAUAUACAAGUGGGGGAAAGGCUAAAGUCCAAACUAGGAACAGAGAUCAGUCAAGGCGCAGUAUCAUGACCAAUAACAACCCUGCACCUGUGUGUGGGGGCAAUGAUAAAAUUGGUAAAAGGGAACUUGUUCGCGAGGGCAAGACAUCACAUGCCAGGCAAACUGAGCGUGAUGCUGUACCACAGCUGGCCAUGACUGGGUCUGCCUCUGAUGAGGAAGUUGCUAGAAUAAACCGAGGCUGUAGUCCUACAGUGUCUCUGUUUGCUGAGAGGGAGACAUGGGAAAACAAUGAUGUUCACACAGAAAACAGUGUACAAGGUACACAGCUUCAGUACCCAAAGCUUCCCCAAACAAGACCUUCCACCCUCACGAGCAAUGACCUCAAAACGGAUGACAUUGUACAACCCAAGGCUGUGAUGGUUGAUUAUGGCAUUGGAAGGGACAGCAGUACAGUAAAAUCAGCAUGUGGUAGUUUCUCUGGUGACAGUGAAAACCAUGCAGACAGCAGUCUUAUCCAAAAGGCAUCUGGUCCAGGAAAGGUCAAACAAAGGUCAAAGGUAGCCAUGGUAACUCAACAUCAGGAGUCAAAUGAUGUGUCAAAGUUCACGUGUGAUCAAAGCAAUGGAGAAUCUGAAUUUGAAGUACAAGAUUUUGAUGAGAAUGUUAGUUGCUCUUCUAGUGAUACAUCUGUUGUUGCCCUGAAGAACAACAUAGAUCCUUCUUCAGAGGUCACUUUAGAUUCCUCCAAAGAAAAAGGCAACAGAAAAUCUCCAGGAAAAAGGUUGAAAAAAUCGAAGAACAGUGUUGUUGAUUCUGAAAAUGGAUCCAGAAAAAAAGCAGAUUCCCCAGAGACACAGACCAACAGUAAAGCCAAGAAGGCUGGAAUGUCUGACUCUGAGUCUGACGACAUUUCCUGUCUAGAUUUGGGUGCAGAAAGUCAGAUACACUGUAGAACACAAGGACUGGUUGAUGGUGGCUGCUCAAGUGAUGAUUCUGUCAAAAGCAAAGACUCCAGGAAAACACCAACAGGGAAACUCUCUGCAAAGAAGUUAAAAAAUGAAAAAACGUCCAUGUUUUUGGCAUCAGCUGGUUCAAAAUCUGAUUUGAGUGGUGAUAACAGCUCCAAGUGUGGCACUAAAGUACAAGCAUUUGUUUUUGAUGGCUCCUCCAGUGAUGAUCUGGUACCACAGAAUGUCCAGAGAAAAUCUGUGACUGGAAAAAAGGCAGAUUCACCAGCACCAAAGACCAACAGUAUAGCCAAGAAAGUUGUAGUGUCUGACUCUGAGUCUGACGACAUUUCCUGUCUAGAUUUGGAUGAAGAAAGUCAAGAACACUGUAGAACACAAGGAUUGGUUGAUGGUGGCUCCUCCAAAGGCGGUCCUGUGAACAAAAAGGACCCAAGAAAAUCUGCUACAGGGAAACCCUCUGUAAACAAAACUAAAGAUGAAAAAGCAACCAUGUUUGUGGCACCAGGAGGUUCAAAAUCUGAUUUGAGUGGUGAUAACAGCUCCAGGUGUGGCACUAAAGUACAAGCAUUUGUUUAUGAUGGCUCCUCCAGUGAUGAUCCGGUACCACAGAAUGUCCUCAGAAAAUCUGUGAAUGGAAAAAAGGGAGAUUCCCCAGCAACAAAGACCAACAGUAAAGGCAAGCAUGUUGGAGUGUCUGACCCUGAGUCUGAUGACAUUUCCUGUCUAAAUUCGGAUGGAGACAGUCAGAAACACCAUGGAGUCAAAGGAUUAGUUGAUGGUGGCUCCUCAAGUGCUGCAAACAAAAAAGACCCCAGAAAAUCUUCAUCAGGAAAACUCUCUGCAAAGAUAUUGAAAAGCGAAAAAACAAAUAUGAUGUUUGUGGCAUCAGCAAGUUCAAAAUCUGAUUUGAGUGGUGAUAAUAGCUCCAAGUGUGGCACUAAAGUACAAGCAUUUGUUUAUGAUGGCUCCUCGAGUGAUGACCCAGUACCACAAAAUGUCCUCAGAAAAUCUGGACCCGGAAAAAAGCCAGAGCCAAAGACCAACAGUAAAGCCAAGACGGCUGAAGUGUCUGACCCCGAGUCUGAUGACAUUUCCUGUCUAGAUUUGGAUGGAGGCAGUCAGAAACACUGUAGAACACAAGGAUUGGUUGUUGGAGGCUCUUCAAGUGACAACUCUGUAAACAAAGAAGACCACAGGAAAUCUUCUCAAAGGAAACUCUCUGCAAAGGAGUCUAAAAGCAAAAAAACUAAUAUGAUGUUGGUGGCAUCAGUAACGUCAAAGUCUGACUUGAGUAGUGAUAACAGCUCCAGGUGUGGCACUAAAGUCCAAGCCUUUGUUUAUGAUGGCUCCUCCAGUGAUGAUCCGGUACCACAGAAUGUCCAGAGAAAACCUGUGACUGCAAAAAAGGAAGAUACCGCAGAAUCAAAGACAAACAGUAAGGUCAAGAAAGUUGGUGUGACUGACUCUGAGUCUGACGACAUUUCCUGUCUAGAGUUGGGUGGCGAAAGUCAAGAACACUGUAGAAAACAAGGAUCCGUCAGUGAUGGAACCUCCAGUGAUGACCUUGUCAAGAAAAAAGACCCCAAGAAAUCUGAGCAAGGAAAGCUCUCUACUAAGAAGUCAAAAAAUGAAAAAACAAAUAAGAUGUUUGUGGCGUCAGCAAGUUCAAAAUCUGAUUUGAGUGGUGACAAUAGCUCCAAGUGUGGCACUAAAGUGCAAGCCUUUGUUUAUGAUGGCUCCUCCAGUGAUGAUCCGGUACCACAGAAUGUCCAGAGAAAAUCGAUGACUGGAAAAAAGGCAGAUUUCCCAGCAAAAAAGACCAACGGUAACGUCAAGAAAGUUGGAAUGUCUGACUCUGAGUCUGACGACAUUUCCUGUCUAGAUUUGGGUGGCGAAAGUCAAGAACACUUUAGAAAACAAGGAUCCUUUGGUGAUGGAACCUCCAGUGAUGACCUUGUCAAAAAAACAGACCCUAAGAAAUCUGAGCCAGGAAAGCUCUCAACAAAGAAGUCAAAAAGUGAAAAAACAAAUAUGAUGUUUGUGGGGUCAGCAAGUUCAAAAUCUGAUUUGAGUGGUGAUAACAGCUCCAAGUAUGGCACUAAAGUGCAAGCAUUUGUUUAUGAUGGCUCCUCAAGUGAUGAUCCAGUGCCACAAAUUGUCCUCAGAAAAUCUGGACCUAGAAAAACGGCAGAUUCCGCAGAAUCAAAGACUGACAGUAAAGCAAUGAAGGCUGGAGUGUCCGAGUCCGAGUCCGAUGAUAUUUCCUGUAUAGAUUUAGGUGGAGAAAGUCAAGAAGACUGUAAAACACAAGGUAUGCUCGAUAAUGGUCCCUCCUGUGGUGACACUGUGUCUCUAAAAUCUAUGACAAACUUUGAUGGAAAAGUUGCAGCGCAAAGCAAAUUGUUAAAGCACAAGGGUGAAGUGAUAUCCGACCAAGAUUCUGAUCUUUCAUGCAUUCAUAUGGAAGGGGAUGUUUCCACUGUCGGGUAUGGUCAUGGCACGGGGGCCUCGAAAACAGUCAGCUCUGGCAAACAACGGACAAGUUCCGCAGUCGCUGGUGACAGCACACAUCCCUGUGAGGACCUACAGUUGGAUCAGUCACACAGAACACGUACAGAUAGAAAACAGAACACCACAUCCAAAUCUGAAGAUGUCCUACAGUUACCUACAAAUGUAUCGGAUAACAUAACAAAGAGUGUGUCUGGAAAUGUAGCAAAAACACAGGAAGCAGAAAAAAAGAAGGGGAAGUCUUUUAUUGGAAGUAUAAAAAGCACUUUGAAGAAGGGGACUGUUAGAAGAAAAGAGAAAAAUAGUCUUCAGACACCAACUCCAAUGGCAUCAAAUUCAAGAAAGAAAUCAAAGACGGGUAAAAACAAAGCUGGCAAGAAAAAAUCAGAUGAUUCCAGUGACCAUUUGGGAGAUCCUACAGCGAAGAAAGGUUCAAGGUUACCAGUAGUAGGUUCGGUGCAGAAAUCCAAGAUAACAUAUUCCAAUAUGAUAGGAAGUAACUUUGGCAUGCCAUCUUCAUCAAGGCACGAAGAAGGAGGGACUGAAACAACAGACACAACAAGGGAUGCUGGAAUAUUACCAGUAGCUUCAACCUCUCCAAAGGACGCUAAAGGUGAAAGGUCACAGGAUACAAAGACAAUCAUGCACAGGCCAAUGACUGCUCCCACCUAUAGAUCAUCAAAGGACAUACAGUCUGAUACAUGUACAGUUUCGGAUCUAUCCUGUUUAGAUUUGGAGGAGACUGCAGUCAACCCUGUUACAAAAGCUACACCAACAAAACAAACAAAGGGAGACACAAUAAACCCUUCAUUUAGCAGCAAUGGAAAAAAUGUGGAUAACUCCAUUCCACCAAAGUCGGCUGAAUCCAAGAGGUCAGCACAAGCAGGAGUACCGAUGAUAGGACGGAUCAAUCGGAUCACUCCAGGCAUUAGGUCUGACCCAGAUUCUGACCUCUCCUGUUUAGAGUUAGAAAAGACUGAAGUCAAAUCUGCUCAAAAGGCUGUAGAAGCAAAACCUACACCAAGAAAACAGGACCACAGAGUUACAACAAACCUUUCAUGUGACAGCACUGGAAAAGGUGUGGAUGUCGCCAUUCCACCAACAUCAGUGGAGUGCAAGAGGUCACCACCAGCAGGAACAAUUAUGCACACACCCAUGAAGGGAGCAGCAGGUCAGUUUUCUCCUGGUGUCGUCUCUGAUCCCGAUUCCGAUCUCUCGUGUAUUGAUCUGGGAGAAAGUGACUCAAUACAUGUUGGAAUGAAAACCAGGAAUCCCAAACCCGCAGUAAAGAUUUCAGCUUCCUCGGCAAGUAACACAAGAAAUGCUAUGGCAAGUGGUGGAAUCAAUAUUGAUAAUGUGUCAACACCUAUUGGGAUGUCUGACUCUGACAGAGUGUCCCAAACUGAAGAGAGGGUCAUUCAUGAAACAAGGACAAAGGCUGACCUUGGGUCACCUCAGCGCACAGUUUGUAAUCCAAAUGCUGAUAAUAUGGGAAGGAUAGCAACAACAGCUGAGACAACAAAUACAGCAAAUACACCCCAGGAAAAACAAGAGGAAAAACAUACAACACGCAAUCCCAGGUUUGACAUGUUCACGGCAUCAUCGUUUUUACCAGGUGGUGGUCACAGUUCAUCACCAGCAGGGGCAGCCGCACCGACACCAAACAAAGCCCCCACCACCAGAUCAUCAACAGGGAAUCAUUCGAAUCCAGAUUCAUCCGAGGAUGCUACAACACCAAAAGGAAAGAAGGGUCGUGGAAAAUUAAAGAAUGCUGCCACUAAAUUUCUUUCAAACAUCGCAACAAAAUUAAAGAAACCUAAAGCAAAAGCUGCACCACAAAAUGUGCCUCGCCCAACGUCAGCCGACCGCAGGAGAGUGCCAGCUGCAGAUAAUGUGUUGCACACACCAAUGGCUGCCCCAACCGCUCCGUCAGAGGAUACGUACUCCGACCUUUCCUGUAUUGAUCUGAAUGAAAGCAACAACAACUCCAACAAUUUUACAAAGGACUGUCUUUCUAAAGAACUAAAAGAAUUUAUAUUUGGCAGCAAGCAGCUUGAACCAGUUCAGUGGGAGUCCUCUCUGGCUCAACCGGGAACCCGGACUGAAAUUAGGAAUGACCGUCUCCUAGAUGUUUCCUCCAAACAUUUGAAUUGCCCUAAUGGUGUCUCUCGGUCCAACGUGUCUCGUCUGGCAUUGAAGACAGACACUGACGUCACUUUGAGCCAUGAGAAGAUUUUACCAUAUGUGUUGACAGACUGGAAAGUGUGUGGUAAUCAGCAACUCGACCAAGGGUAUCGAGCCCAGCAGAGACGACAGCCACAAAGAAGAUUUGGAGUUGUCUAGAUACCACAUGAAUUUCCUCAAAUUUUGGCAGAGAUAUUGCCACUUGAAGUAUUUCCAACAUUCGUUGAUGCUUAUGGUGAAGUGGACAUGACGCAAGCAACUAGAGGAUGUAUUAUAGUCCAUAGUUAUACCAAAUAAAUCCUGUAUAUGUAAUAGUGUAGUUAAAACUACUACAAGGGAAAUUGUACUCACAAAGGGUGCUGCUUUAUUAUCAUGCAAUAGGGUCAUCUUUCUUGUGUCAAGUUUGAAAAAAUACACAAGAUAAAGUGGUAAUUUAAAGUGAUAUAUACAUAUUAUUGUUAUAACAUUUAUAUUUACAUGUGAAAAUGGCUGUGAUCUUUUUAAUUUCAUGUAUACAUACAUGUACAUGUUUAUUAUAUGGUUGAUAUUUUUAUAGAUUUUUUUUGUAUGAUUGGAGUUCCAAUUACAUUCCAAAUGAACUUUGGUAUACUAAUUUGUGAUCUGUAGUUUACUACAUGUACCAAGUAUGUAAACAUUAACAUUACAUA